AUGGGCUGCUUCAGCUUUUUCAAGAGGCCAAGCUCGGACAGCUCCUCGACCUACAGCGAGAGGACGCUGAUCGACGAAGGCGCGCAGCACGUCAAGGGCGAAAAGGCCUUGUCAACCACCUCAUCCAAGCCCAACGUGACGGGGCCCCGCCUCGAGGCACUGCGCAGGCGCAUGGACGAAGAGGCCUGCGACUACUACAUCGUCCCCACCGACGAUGCGCACGGUAGCGAGUACACUGCGCCGAGCGAGCAGCGCCGUGUCUGGAUCUCGAACUUCACCGGUUCGGCAGGAACAGCGGUGGUGGCAAGGGACUCGGCCCACCUCUUUGCAGACGGCCGCUACCACGUCCAGGCCGCCGAGCAGCUCGACGACAACUGGCGCCUACACAAGGUCGGACAGACCGGCGUAAAGGACUGGCCGGCCUGGCUUCUCGACCAGGUCACGGAAGGAGACAAGGUCGGCCUAGACCCAGCGCUGAUCAGCUAUACCGAGGGCAAGUCGCUCGUCACCGCCCUGAUGACGAAGAAGGCCGAGGCCGUCUUCCCAACCCGCAACCUCGUCGACGUCGCGUGGGGCGACGAGCGCCCGGACCCCAUCGACGCUCCGAUCAAGGUGCACGAGCUCAAGUUCGCCGGCAAGCCCGCCCAGGACAAGCUCGCAGACGUCCGCAGGGACCUCGGAUCGCAGCCGGCCAACUCUGCCUUUAUCGUCCCCACCCUCGACGAUGUCGCAUGGCUGCUCAACCUCCGCGGCGCCUCGGUCCCGUGCAACCCGGUCUUUCCCGCCUACGUCGUCGUCUCCCGCGAUGACACGGCGCUCUUUGUCAGCGAUGCCCUCCUGGUGCCCGGCAGCGAGGCCGACCGCUACGUGCGCGAGGAGCUCAAGCUGACCGUCAAGCCUUAUGACGAGGUCUGGGACUACCUCACUUCCCGGCAAUGGGCCGGCGAGGCGAUCCGGGGCGCCGACGACGAGGGCGAGUCGCGGGCCAAGCUCGUCUCUGGCGAAAAGGUGUCGUACGCCGUGGUCAACUCGGUGGGCGAGGACAACUUUGUCGUCGUCAACCCUUCGCCGCUGGCUCUGCGCAAGGCGGUCAAGAACCACGCUGAGCUGGCCGGCUUCCGCGCGGCCCACCUGCGCGACGGUGCCGCCUGGGUCCGCUGGGCGGCCUGGCUCGAGGAGGAGGUCAAGGUCAAGGGCCACCGGGUCGACGAGCACGCCGCCGCCGUCGAGUUCCAACGGAUCCGCAGCAGCAUGCCGCUCUAUGCCGGCGAGGCCUACGACGCCAUCAGCGCCUCGGGGCCCAACGCUGCCCUCCCCCACUACGAGACGCCGGCCGAGGGCAGCCGCCUGAUUGACCGGUCCACGCCCUACCUCAACGACUCGGGCGCCCAGUACCACGACGGCACCAUCGACUGCACGCGCACCGUGCACUUUGGACGCCCGACGCACGAGCAGAAGAGGGCCUAUACCCGGGUGCUGCAGGGCCACAUCGCCCUCGACAUGGCCACGUUCCCCGCGGGCACGACGGGCGCGCAGCUGGACUGCCUUGCGAGGCAGCCGCUGUGGUCCGACGGCUACAACUACCUCCACGGCACGGGCCACGGUGUGGGGUCCUACCUCAACGUCCACGAGGGUCCGCAGGGCUUUUCGAGCUCGUCGGGCGGGUCCAAGACGCCCGUGGCGCUGCUCGAGGGCAUGGUGCUGAGCAACGAGCCGGGCUUUUACGAAGAGGGCCACUUUGGCAUCCGCAUCGAGUCGCUCGUCGCCGUCACGCGCGUGCACACCCACCGCGGCUUUGGCGCGGCGGGCUGGUUUGGCUUCGAGCGCAUCACGCAGGUGCCCAUCGCCACCAACCUCGUCGACCACCGCCUGCUGACGUACGCCGAGGCGAGGUGGCUCAAGGAGCACAAUGCAGACGUCCGGAGGAAGCUGCUGCCGCUCGUCAAGGACGACCGACGCGCCUCUCGCUGGCUCCGAAGGCAGUGA